AUGAAAGCUCUGCAAGCUAGUGGGCUGCCCAGGAUUUUUUCCUUUCUGGCACGGGCAUUCGAAGUCAGAACGGCUACGGAACUUGGCGCACUGGACGUGCUGACAGUCAUCAGUAUGCCAAGCUAUGGACGGAGACGAUGUGAAACCAAUGACCCGGUACAAUAUUCGUCGCCAAGAGCUGAAUCUUCAUUUGGAGACACUGAAUUGCUGCCUCAUGACGCGUGUGCAUCGGCUGACCUCGCCCGUUGGUACAAGGCCACCGAUACACGUGUCAGCAAAGGCCACAUGUCGCAUGUCAUGUUCAACUAUCCUUCAGUGAUGCAACGAGGCUUGGCAACCCCAGGUUUCAGCUCCACGCAAGCUUACCCACCUCGAUACGCCAGCGCAAAACCAAGGGCAAAGGCCUCCCUCUGCUGGGUAUCGACGUGGCAAGAUUCCGAAAUUGAGGCUCAACAUGGCGCCAAGGAGCGGAGUGGCAGAGUGGUGCAUUCACAUGCAACAUGUCACGAGAUGCCGCCUAGACUUACAAGGGAUCCUCUUGGCAACGAGCAUAGACGUAGCCUGCAGAAUAAAGCAAGGCACAAGAGCAUGGCUGUCAAUAUGGCUUCGCGCUUAGAUCCCUGCAUAAUCUAUGCAAGUUUUAAGCUUGUUUACAAGAUUCGUAUCUGUGAUAUGGACCAUUGCCGUUCCGAGUUGUGCAGAACACUAAUUUCCCAUACUAUUGUAUUCCGAAUCCUCUCAAUCGCUCAUAUGGUGUCCAACGUGUUUGCGGUCGCGGUUGCGGCGUGGGUAGUUCAAAUGGCGACGGCACUCCCGGCAGAUUCUUCUAUUAAUGUUGUCGGCGGAACUGGAUCUGAUGGGUCCAAAACGCCCUUCAUUGUUGCUCUGCAGAACAAUCGCCGAUUCUUUUGCGGUGGCUCGCUUGCGGACGAUCAAACCGUCAUCACGGCUGCUCAUUGUAUCCAGGAUCCAAGAGACGUUCAAAGGUUGACGAUUCGCGCUGGAUCACUAUCUCCAUCAUCCGGCGGCACUGUGGUUCCUGUAGCUUCUGCUAUAGUUCACCCCGAGUGGGAUCCUGACAGGUUCAAUAAUGACAUUGCCAUUUUGAAACUAGCGAAAUCGGUAGGCGGCAAUCAGUCGCUUGGCUUUGCCCCCUUACCGAAGCAGGACUCUGACCCUACAGAAGGAACUAACUUGGUCGUGGCUGGCUGGGGAGCAACAAGGGAAGGAUCAAAGAAUCUCCCUGGGCAACUGCGAGAAGUUGCGGUUCCGGUACAAAAUAUGGGGAGCUCGCAGUCAAAGGACGACGAUUUUUAG